AUGUCGGGUAAGGGUCGAGUACUGUUGGAUGGGGGUCAAGUACUGCUGUCUGUAGAGCAAACCUUAAUCGAGUUAGUGACCCGUUUAGUGGAAUUGGACGCGUUUGAGUUGCGUGAUGUACCGACACGAGCGUUAGGUUCACUGAAAGGUUUGGAGCUAUGUUUGCCGAGUAAUGUGUCCUACAAGUUGCCACUCAAGUCGCGCAUGUCUCUGUUUAAUGUGAUGGGCAAUUCGGUACGUAAGUCCUUGGUGCGUGAGUGUUAUCCGAGGUCUCUGAAGAUGUUGACUGAUCGUCUUGCCGAAGUCGAAAGUCUGGGAUCCAGUCUGGGAUCCUCUAAUCGGGAAGAUGUGCUGGAGGUACCCAUCCUCCAAGGGCCGGGUGCCGGAAGCACCAGCUAUGUGUACUACUUAUUCAGCUGUUGUUUCAAAGGACUUAUUACCCAAGGUGGCUUGUUUCCUAGCAGAGUCGAAAAUGGAGCUUGGAUGGUACGCAAAAAAUACGUGGCCUUUGUACCACGAACAGAGAACUAUCGACCGCAGGUCAUCGCGUCUAAACAGGAUUUCUCUAAUGUUGCCACGGUAAAAAACCUUGUUCAUAUCUUCGACAUGAGCGAGACUCCCAACAUGUCCGUCGAUGAGUCACAGGCCAUGCACUGCGCCGGCAGGAUCUACUGUGGCUCCGUCGACCAGAUCCGAGAGUACCUAGGCCCUCAACAGCGCCUUGGUCUUAAGGGAUCGGCCUUCCAAGGAUCGGCCUUCCAAGGAUCCGCCUUCCAAGGAUCCGCCUUCCAAGGAUCGGCCUUCCAAGGAUCGGCCUUCCAAGGAUCGAUGUUUGAAAAUGACGGGGCCCGUAUUGAUACAGAUGCGUACUCUCCGGCUCCUGACGGUGCAUCACCUAAUGUAAUGUAUGGUUUUGCUUUGCCUGGUAGUUGGUCGAGAAAUGACCGAGCGAUUUGCUGUUUGAUUUUGCCAGUGUGGGGAACGGAGGAAUUGAAGAUCUGCAGCUUCUGGUGUCAUGCGAAGUGGGCCCGGAAACAGGCGGAUGCAUUGGUAACCAUAGCUGGAACGUUUGGCUUGGAAUUGAAACGAUGGUUGGCUUCCAAAGAGAAUAUAGUUAGUAGCUUAGAAAUGUCGAGGAAAGCUUGUGAUGAUAUGAAAGCGAUCACGGCGACUAUUCCCACACCCGAGGCGCUCGUCCUGGCUCACCGAGACAUCUUCUUCUCCUACGUGCCAGCACCACUCCCUAAAGGAGCGUUACUCCAAAGACAUGGACUAGGGAUCCGCACACCUACUGAUGACUCAGGCCGACCUGUCUGGACAGACGCCUGUGAAAAACGCUGGGUGUGGAAGUCCAAACAGGCAGAAGAAAUUGGCACGGCCUGGAUUUUACAACACUCCUCUGGCAGCAACAAAGAAAGUGAGAUCAAAAAUGUCGAAGAGCUACUCUACUCUCUACUUGUCGAGGCAGAUAAACCGCCACCGUCCCCCGAGGAACCAGGCAGCACCAACGAAUAUUCACCCCUUCUCUUAAACCAAGGUAUGGAACCAGAUGCUGUGGAACCAGAUGCUGUGAAACCAGAUGCUGUGGAACCAGAUGCUGCGCAGCACGAUGCUGCGCAGCACGAUGCUGUGCAGCACGACGCUGUGCAGCACGACGCUGUGCAGCACGACGCUGCUGUUAACCCUGUAGAACAAGACGGUGCAGGAGAACAAGCGCGUGUAGUAGAACAAGAUGAUGUACUGGAACAAGACGGUGCAGAACAAACGGACCGUCUCAUGCAGACGGACCGUCUCACGCUGACGGGCUUGUUCAGAUUCCCCGUUGUGACGAGCAAGUUAUAG